ACAACAGCUGAUCUGAUGGCGUUUGUUUUGCGUUUUAAAAGGAAAUGACCCUCUGACAUGAGGAAGUCGUAUGGAGCAAGAGGGCUUGAAACAUCGUCAGGGAAUUAAAAAAUUGCUGCUGUCACUGGCCGUGUUGAGCAGUAUCACAGCAGAAUAACAUGGCUGCAAAUCGAGGAGUAAUUAGCCUAAGGUUUAAUCAAGACCAAGGAUGUUUUACCUGCUGCAUGGAGACCGGGAUGAGGGUCUAUAAUGUAGAACCACUUGUGGAAAAAGCUCAUUUUGACAACGAGCUGAUGGGAAGUAUUGGAAUGGGUGAAAUGCUAUGGAGAACAAAUAUUGUAGCAGUUGUCGGUGGUGGAACCAGGCCCAAAUUUGCAGACAAUACAGUUCUCAUCUAUGAUGAUUUGGCCAAAAAAUUUGUCCUUGAGAUAACUUUCACCAGUACAGUUAAAGCAGUCAGAUUAAGGAGGGACAAGCUGAUUGUUGCACUGCAACGGGAAAUUCAUGUAUUCUCAUUCCCUGCACCAACCAGAAGGCUGCUGACUUUAGAAACUAGGGAAAAUCCCAAGGGUUUGGUUGAGGUUGCAACGCUUGCCACAGCUCAAAAACAACUGCUUGUUUUCCCUGGGCACAAGUUGGGCAGCGUUCAUCUAGUCGAUUUAGCUGCUACUGACGCAGGAAGUUCUAGCACACCGGCAACUCUCGUUGCUCACCAGGGUGCCCUUGCCUGCUUGGCAGUAAAUGCUAGUGGUACAAUGAUAGCAACAGCUUCGGAGCAAGGUACCAUCGUCAGAGUUUGGGACAGUGUUCGCAGACAUCUCUUGGUCGCAUUGAGGAGAGGUGCGGAUCCUGCUACUCUGUAUUGUAUAAACUUCAGCAGGGAUUCUGAAUUCUUGUGCGUAUCGAGCGACAAGGGGACUGUGCACAUAUUUGCGUUGAAGGACACGCACCUGAACCGCAGAUCAACCUUCUCGAGCAUCGGUUUCUUAGGCAAUUAUGUAGAAAGUCAAUGGGCAUUAGCUACGUUUACAGUCCCACCUGAGUGUGCUUGUGUCUGUGCAUUUGGCUCUCGAAGUUCCGUAAUUGCUGUGUGCUUGGAUGGUACCUUUCACAAGUACGUUUUCACAUCCGAUGGUAACUGCAAUCGAGAAGCGUUUGAUGUUUUUCUGGAUGUCUGUGAUGACGAUUUUUAAUUAUCAACUCACCUACUUACAUAACAUGUACAUACAUAUUAACUACUAUAAAUAUAAGAAUUAUUUUCACGCUCUAAUAUGCGCACAUCAUUCAACACAUUCGUAAACUGGUGGAAUUCAUGUGUAGACAAGGCACACUUUUUCGUCUCUUUUUGCAUUCCAUGGUAUAUCAGAUGGUUCUAUGGUUAUUUCGUUUUCAGUUGAGGAAGUAUCGCUUCUCGAUUUUUCUCUGAAAAGGUAAAAAAAAAUUGUUUAAUGUAUAUUUUAACACAUCGUUACUCCAUAGAGAUGUAAACUCACUAUACGGUUCUGGAUUAAUCAUUGGAGAUAUCAAUGCAGGAUAAACAGCCAUAGCUAGCAAUCCUACAAA